AUGUCCCCAUUUCGUCUCAUUUUUGGAAAGCCAUGUCAUCUUCUUGUGGAAAUAGAGCAUAAAGCAUUAUGGGCUAUAAAAAAUUUAUGUAUGGAUGAGAAAUCAGCUGGUGGGCAUAGAAUUUUUCAGCUACAUGAAUUAGAGGAGUUGAGGAAUGAAGCUUAUGAAAAUCAUAGAAUAUAUAAAGAAAAAACUAAAACUUUCCAUGAUAAAUACAUUAGCAAAAAAAAAAUUGAUGUUGGACAAAAAGUGUGGUUAUAUGAUUCUAGGCUGAAAUUAUUCCCAGGAAAAUUAAAAUCAAAAUGGAAAGGGCCUUAUGUGGUGGAAGAGACAUAUGAUCAUGGGGCUGUAAUGAUUAAAGAUCCUAAAAGUGAUCAUAACUUUAAGGUAAAUGGACAACGGCUUAAACAUUAUAUAGAACAUGAACGCCUUGCAGAAAAAGAAAUUUUAUUAUUAAAAGAAAUUCAAGAGUAA